CACUGAGCUUCCAAUUGGUCCACAGUCUCGUGACGUCAAACGAUCCUCCUCUUCCCUUUCCGCGCAGCAGCAGCGUUUUCCCGCGAACUCUCAGCUCCACAACAACUCUCAGUUGAGCUGGACAGGAGUGGGAUGGAAUAUAUGAAUUCGUUUUGAAUAAUUAAACACUAUAGCAGCACCCCUUUUGGAGACAUGGCGAAGCAAAGCUCUCUUUUUAAUUUCUUCACGAAGUCGCCGCCUCUCGCGGUGAAGGCCAGAUCUAACGCGUCUCCAGUGGAGGCAGAUGCAGCGAGCAGAUCCAACACCUCACCCAAAGAAGAAGCCAAAGUCACCAGCAAGAAAACUCCACCAAAACCCGUCAAAUCUCAAACUAAAGCUGAACAUGCGAAACUAUUCGGAGAGAAAGCAGUCAGUGCAAAAGAGAGCAGAGAACCGUCAUCCGUAUUUAGCGCUGGCGCUCUGGUUUGGGCCAAGAUGGAAGGCCAUCCCUGGUGGCCCUGUAUGAUUGUUCCUCAGCCCCUCACCGGACAGCAGAUGAGGGGCCGUGGACGAGAGCAAAGACUCCACGUUCACUUCUUCGACGAACCACCAACCCGAGGAUGGGUUAACACAAAAUACAUACGAGAGUAUCAAGGCUCUGAUAGCGCAGAUGCCAAAUCCGGCGGCGUGUUCUUCAGCGGUAAGCCUGUGAUCCGUAAAGCCAUGGAGCUGGCGGACGUUGCGAUGAAGGACAGUCCUGAGCAGAGACUGAAGAUGUCCGUGUGCAUGGAUCCUUCAGGUGACGAAGAGGAGGAUGACGAAGAUAUGGAGGUUGAUAAAUCAACCUUAUCAGAUGCAGAAAUGUCUGAGGAAGAGGUUAAAGAAAAGGCGAAGCCCAGUCGACGUUCGUCUCGUGCUGCAGCUGAAAAAGGUCAAAAGCCGAAGCGUCGCCGAAUCGUGGUGGCGUCUGACAGCGAUGACUCCGGUGAAGAGUUCAAACCUGAUCAGGCGGGAGGAAGCAGUGAUGAGGACGACGAGGAGGGAGUGAGCAGCGGGGCUGAGGAGGAAGAAGAAAGCGAGCCGGAGAAAGAACCAGACAGCCCUGUGAAACCGGUGAAGCGCAAACGUCCUUCAGAAAAGCCUGCUAAGUCAAAGAGCAAACCAGAUCCACCAAAACGAGCACCUGCAGCUGUUUCAUCAGUGGCAUCGGACACCAAAUCUCGACUUUCUGCUUUCUCUGCACCGGACAACUUCGAAAGUCAGAGCGGCGGUGCAAACGGGACGGAUGGAGGAGCAACUGUGUGGGACCACGAGAAGCUCGAGUGGCUGCAAGACGGCAAGAGGAAGGAUGCACAGCGCAAACGUCAGUCUGACGAAAACUACGACCCUACGACUCUAUAUGUACCCGAAGAUUUCCUUAACAGGACGACGCCUGGGAUGCGCCGCUGGUGGCAGCUGAAGUCUGAGAUGUUCGAUACCGUUCUGUUCUACAAAGUCGGUAAGUUCUACGAGCUCUACCACAUGGACGCUGUGAUCGGCGUCAACGAACUCGGUCUUACCUUCAUGAGGGGUAGUUGGGCACAUUCUGGCUUCCCCGAAAUCGGCUUUGGACGCUUCUCAGACGUGCUCGUGCAAAAGGGCUACAAAGUGGCUCGAGUGGAACAGACCGAGACCCCUGAGAUGAUGGAAGCACGAUGUAAGACGUUGGCGCGUCCCACUAAAUUCGACCGCGUCGUCAAGCGAGAGGUUUGCCGAAUCAUCACGCGAGGGACUCAGACGUACAGUGUGCUCGACGGCGCCCCUUCUGAAACUCUAAGCAAGUAUCUCUUGAGCGUUAAAGAGAAGAGCGAGGAGGACAGCGCGGGACACGGACACAUCUACGGGGUCUGUUUCGUCGACACCUCGGUGGGGCGCUUCCAUAUCGGUCAAUUCCAGGAUGACCGGCAUUGUUCCCGUUUGCGUACUCUGGUGGCACACUAUUCUCCAGCCCAGGUGCUUUACGAGAAGGGCAACCCGUCAGCCGAGACAUUGAAAAUCUUUAAAGCCAUCUUGUCGUCAACUCUACAAGAAGGCCUCAAUGCUGGUUCGCAGUUUUGGGAUGCGCAGAAGACCCUCAAGGUCCUCGCAGAGGAAGACUACUUCAACGAAAGCAAAGCCGACGAAGAAAAGGCAUCAGUGUUGCCUUCGACUCUAAAAGCAAUGACGUCAGAAUGCGAUGCUUUAAGUCUCACUCCAAAAACGGGUUAUGAACUCGCUCUUUCUGCAUUUGGCGGAUGCAUGUUCUACUUGAAGAAAUGUCUAGUGGAUAAGGAGCUUCUCUCAAUGGGAAACUUCGAGGAGUAUGUUCCUGUCGACGUGGAGAUGGAGCAGGCUGGAGGAGCGUCGUGUUUCUUUGCCCAGACUCGUCAACGAAUGGUUUUGGAUGGAGUGACCCUUGCUAACCUUGAGAUCCUUCAGAACAGCUCAACUGGAGGUCCUGAGGGAACCCUACUUGAGCGACUGGACACGUGUUGCACUCCCUUUGGCAAACGCUUGCUAAAGCAAUGGCUCUGCGCCCCUCUUUGCAAUCCAUCCUCCAUUGGAGAUCGCCUAGAUGCCGUGGAGGACCUGAUGGGCGCAUCAUCCCAAGCGACCGAAGUCACAGACCUGCUAAAAAAGCUUCCGGAUCUCGAAAGACUGCUUAGCAAGAUCCACAGCAUGGGUACUCCUUUGAAAGGACAGGACCAUCCGGACCUCCGAGCCAUUCUGUACGAAGAAGUCGUCUACAGCAAACGCAAGAUCGCCGACUCCGCUCUCGCCGCGCUCGAGGGCUUUAAAGUUAUGAGAGAAAUCGUGGUCGAUCAUAGGAGCCCGUCUGCGGAAGGCUUCAAAUCUAAACUGCUGUAUAGGGUGCUGUCAAGUGAUUGCUCCUCAAGACGGAAAACGAAGAGAUGGGCUUUCCCAGACCUUUCGUCCAGAGCUCCAAGAACGUUAGUCAAACGUUGUUUCGACCAUCAGAAGGCUCGCACCACAGGCGUCAUCACGCCAAAGGCCGGCUUCGAUCCAGAAUACGACCAGGCCUUAAAUGGAAUAAAAGACUGUGAGAGAGGCCUGCAGGAAUACCUGGACCGACAGGGAAGAAGCCGACUGGGCCUAGCUACAGAGCUGGGAAGACAAACGAGACGCAGAGCUGCUGAAGGACUGCAUGAGAAGGACUCUUUCUACAAUUUCGACCAAGAAUUGCAAAGACUGGCAGACAAGCGGUUGAGGGCAUGGCUGUGCUUGAGCGGCGACGGGCCCAUGGCCAGACCAGAGAUCGUCCUCCCGGGUGACGGGUCUCAGUCACGCCCCUUCCUGGAUCUCAGAGGGUCCCGGCACCCUUGCGUCACCAAGACCUUCUUCGGUGAUGACUUCAUCCCCAAUGACAUCUUCAUCGGCUGCCCUGGUGGUGAAGAUGAUGAUGAUGAUGAUGAUGAUGGUAAAGCACUUGCCCCGUGUGUAUUGGUCACCGGGCCAAACAUGGGAGGCAAGUCCACCCUAAUGAGACAGUGUGGUCUGGUGGUGAUUGUGGCCCAGCUGGGCUGCUAUGUACCUGCUGAGAGUCUGCGCCUCACUCCUGUGGACCGAGUCUUCACUCGUCUUGGCGCCUCUGAUCGUAUAAUGUCAGGUGAAAGUACAUUCUUUGUGGAGCUGAGCGAGACGGCCAGCAUCCUGCUGCACGCCACCAACCACUCCCUCGUCCUGCUGGAUGAACUGGGCAGAGGUACGGCCACGUAUGACGGCACAGCCAUUGCCAGCGCUGUGGUGAAGGAGCUGUCAGAGAAGAUCUGCUGCCGGACCCUGUUCUCCACUCAUUACCACUCACUGGUGGAGGAGCACGUCCAGGACCCCGCCGUCAGACUCGGACACAUGGCCUGUAUGGUGGAGAAUGAGUGUGAGGACCCCAGUCAGGAGACCAUCACCUUCCUGUACAAGUUCAUCAGAGGCGCGUGUCCCAAGAGUUACGGCUUCAACGCGGCUCGCCUGGCGAACCUCCCGGAGGAAGUCAUCCAGUCCGGCCAUAAGAAGGCCCGCGAGUUUGAGAGGAGCACCGUGGCUCUCCGGAUAUUCAAGAAGUUGUGCUCAUUCUCCGAACACCCCAGCGCUGACCGCGAGCAGUUCACAACCCUGGUUCAGAUGAUCGGCAGCCUGUGAUGGAAAAUGUGUUUUCUGUGUUUUGAGUUCUUCUCUUCACCAUUCCACAAGUUAUUUUGUCGUCACGUAGAAAGCAAGCACUCACUACUGAGAUGAUCUAAUAAAGUUUAUUUUUAAAAAUGUAA